UACGUCGUUUCCCGUGUGGAGAUUUGGAUAAGGAUAUAGGGCACCAUGUCCCAUCUUUGCAGAAUGGAAGGGGCAAUGAGGUUCUAUAAAGUGUCGCGACGCUGCGCAACUUAAUUAACUGUGGUUGUGUUGUCGUCUUUGCCUCUGAACCCCCCUGCCGUCUCCGUGAGAGAUUCAAGUUAAUAGGCCUCGAUUCAACAUGUCUCGAACCAUUGGUUUCCUUGCGGUCGCCGGUCUCUUGCGUACCGCCGCCGCCGGUCUCUACGCAGGAUUGAGCACCGCGAACCACACUUGCACACUUGCCGAGCCCGUUUUGUCCUGCUCUUGCGGUGCGAACCCCGACAAAGUCGACACCUGCUGUGUCGAGACCUACGGUGGCCUAGUGCUGGCGACCCAAUUCUGGAACACCCACACUGGCCUCGAGUCCGAGGGCCAGAAGUUGCCCCAAGAUGCGUGGGGCAUCCACGGCUUGUGGCCCGAUUUCUGCAACGGCUCUUACACCCAAUACUGCGAUCUCAGCCGCCAGUAUGACCCGAUCCCCUCCCCCAACACCACGACCGGGAAGCCGGACGGUACUCCGGUCCCGGCGUGGACCGGCUCGUCUCUCGACGCUUUCGUCAAGCCGUUUGAGAGGUUCGACUUGUUGGAAUACAUGAACAAGUUCUGGAUCGCUCAGUACACCCCCAACUGGGUCCUCUGGGCCCACGAGUUCUCCAAGCACGCCACAUGCUUCAGCACCUUCGAUGUCGAGUGCUACGGACCCAAGUACCAAGAUCACGAGGAAAUCGUCGACUUCCUCGAGACCGCUGUCCACUACUACAAGGAGACCCCGACCUGGAAGUGGCUCGCCGAUAAGGCCAUCACGCCCUCCAAUGCGACCGCCUAUUCCCUCGCCGACCUCCAGACGGCCCUCAAGGAGGGCCACGGAGCGGUCCCGUACAUCGGCUGCUCCGGCCCCCGCUACAACGCCACCGAAGCCGGUAAAGGCUCCCUCGACAACGGGUACACCCAGCUCAGCGAGGCCUGGUACUACUUCCACGUCUACGGCAAACCCCAGCGUGGCGACAGCGUCCCUGUCGCGGCCGAUAUCAAUGGUGGCCGCGUGUCGAACUGCGCAACGACGGACGGUGCUGUCUGGUAUUACGAGCGCGCCGAGGGAUCGGUGCAGUAGAUAAAAUGCUCCGACUUUGAAGUGGCGUGCCGCACUGGGCGCCCAGUCCGUCCACAAUAGAACUUUGCACAAACCGUCUGGUUCACGUCGCCGACGUCAUGUAUAUUCAUCACGAGACUUUUGGGACCCCCCCCGGCUCAAUUAAGUGUCAAAGAACCAAUCUGACCGAUGUGAUGUACCAACAUAAUCUUUUGAC